GUGCUCGUCACGUGACGCGAGUGGGCGUUAUUUAAGCUGCUGGCGCGGGAGCCACACAACAAGAGAAUCAGCUCACACCAGAAGUGGCUCGAUCCUGAUCAGCGGUUUUUUUCUUGAGAGCAAAUAUGAGUGGAAAACUAAGACCCAGCCAACAGAAGUCUAACGAGAACAUUACGAGUUUUUUCACAUCAUCUCAUAAGGCAAUGGGAGCCCCCAGACAAACCCUGCAGGUCCUUCAGCCCUCAGCUGUCAACAAAGAUCUUGGGUGGUCAGCUCAGGCAGGAAAGAUCAUUCCCAAAAGGAAACAGUGGAGUGCAGAACCAACUCGAGGUCCAAAGAGGGUGAAGGUAGAAGUCAAAUCCACACAAACAGAGGAAACUCAGUGUUUGACUGAUGACAUAACCACUGAAGCAUAUGAACUUAUGGUCAAAGAAACUCCUCCCUCCACCUACUGGAAAGAGGUAGCCGAUGAGCGACGGAAGGCCUUGUACAAUGUUCUACAGGAGAAUGAGAAGUUGCACAAAGACAUCGAGACCAGAGAUGAACAGAUAACAAAACUGAAGAGUGAGAAUGAAGAGCUGCAAGAGCUGGCACAACACGUCCAAUACAUGGCCGAUAUGAUUGAGAGGUUGACUGGAAAGUGCCCAGAUAAUCUGGAGGAACUGAAGGACAUCGCUCUUGAUGUGGAUGAGAAUGAUGAAGAUGGCAGUGAAGUUGCCAACCAGAGUGAGGAUGAAUAUUCUGAUUACAGCGACGAGGAAGAGGGAGAAGAAGAAGAACAAGAUGAAGAGGAGUCAGUGGAGCAGGAUUAACUGACACCUCUCGCAUCUUGUGGACUUUGUCUUAAUAUAUCAGCCGAUUUUGGCCAGAGUGACGUCUAUUUGGAGAUGUUGGCUUUUCACUGUAAUUUAUGUUCAGACCGCAUUGUUCUUGAAAUGCAUCAUAUUUUAACAAAUGUUUUACGACUUUAGGUUUUGUUCAACUUGCAAAAUUCUUGGCCAAGAAGUGUUCAUAAUUAAGUCAGUAUAGAACUUUUUUCAAUGGAAGACAUGAUGACAUGUCAGUAGUUAAGCACAGGCUACAGACUUUGUUUCAGUUAAUUUAGGUUAACGUAAAAAUCAAUACCUCAAAAAUGACCGUUUCAAUCUCAACAAAGGGGAUCCUCACUAAACUGUAGCACCAAAUUUUCUUGCGUUCCUUUGUCUCCUGGUGUCUGUGAAAGAUUUGCUCUGUUGAAGGUCAGCAACCUGUAAAUGGAAAUAAUCACAGUUCAACUGUAACUACUGUGUUUUUCUUACUGAUGUCUGCUGUGAAAAGGCUUAUUGGAGAAGCAGUCAUGCUACACUCACUGGUAGCUUACUUUAUGCAUGGCCUGUGAAGUGUUUUGGUUUACGCUGUAAAAAUUGUGCAAUGUUAUAGAACAGCUGUGUACAUAAAGCUUGUUUAAGAUAAAACACGUUUUUAAAAAAGAAUCUUGGCUUUUGUUUCUUGGCGAAAUGUUGUCUUCCAAGUUAAGAUGUGUGAUGA